GCGCGCGCAUAUAAAGCUGACGUUCUGACCUAACCGUUAAAAAUCGUUGCCGGUGUAGUUAGAGAGAUGAAAAUCUGCAUUGAGGUUAUUUAUCAAUUCAAAAAGAGGAUAUAGUUUACCGAGAAGUUAAAUUGUCCAAAAAGAUGCUAUGCCGUGAUGGAAUCCUCAGUCUGUGCUGUUUUAUUGCAGCGGGAUUAAUUUCGCUUCUACCUGAGUUAGCGUUCAGGUUGGGAUUUGAUGUUUACACAGUGUACUUUACAGACACUUGGUCUUUACACGCGGCUCAAUACAUUUUUAUAAAUGUAAUCGCACUUCUGGCAUUUCGCGGCUUUGCUUAUCAAGUAGCGAUAAGAGCGUUGUUGCUUGGAUAUGUCGUUGGAAUUGGUAUUCUAAUAUGGAUUAAUGCACCACCAACUUGGAAGAUAUUUGGAAUUUAUAUGACAGUGCUGGCAAGCUUUCAUUAUUCGGAAUUUCUAGCAAUAGCUUGGACAAAUCCAUUGUCGUUGUCAAUUGACAGUUUUAUUCUCAAUCACAGUGUGGCUUAUGGUGCGGCGGCAUGUCUGAGUUGGAUAGAAUUUUUGGUAGAAAGGCAUUAUUUUUGCGACAUAAAACUGCCUUCACUUGCAUCUUAUUUUGGAUUGAUAUUGUGCAUAUCAGGUGAGAUCCUGAGAAAACUAGCUAUGUGUACGGCAAAGCACAAUUUUAAUCACGUCGUGCAAAGUGAGAAACAUGACAAUCACGAACUUGUUACGCACGGUGUGUACAACUUGUGUAGACAUCCUAGUUACGUAGGAUGGUUUUAUUGGUCUCUAGGAACACAGUUAAUACUUCAGAAUCCGUUCUGCUUGUUUGCGUAUGCAAUAAUGUCUUGGAAGUUUUUCUAUGAACGUGUACUGAUUGAAGAACUAUCGUUGUUAACUUUCUUUGGUGAAGAUUAUGUUGAGUACCAAAAGAGAGUAGGCACUGGGCUUCCUUUCAUCUGUGGAUAUAAAAUUGAUUCAUAGCGUUCUGUAUUAUAACUAUGAAGUUUAUUUCAACAAGUAAAAUUUUGUAUGACAUCUGUAUUAACUCCCGGAGGAGUUUGGAGGGUUAAUUGGACUAAAAUUAUAUAAAAAAUCAUAUACAUUUGACAUAUUUAACAUAUUUUUAACAUUAAAAGAUAGCAUUCGCACAUCUGAUAAUUUUCAUCAGUUACAUUUCAUCAAUUCAGUCUCAUUUCAUGAGUUAAAUAUACUUUUACCUUGUGAUAUACAAUUAUCUGAUGUUUUACAUUUUCUAAUCUUUUUUGUAUGUGUAUAAAAGUUAUAAGUAUUUAAACCUACGUAUUUAUUUGUGCAAAAAAUACGUUUUCCUUAACGUAAUAAUUGUUACCAAACGGUAACACUAUAUGCAAAUCUUUCUGUGUACAUAUAAG